AUGCCAGUGAUGUCGCCACCUUAUUCUAUGAGAAACGAAGGGUAUUCAAACAACUCGUAUGGCUGCAACCGAUGGGAACCGGAAUUUUGGAAUCAAAUGAUAGAGGAGACUGCUCAAAAGUUGCCAGGUGCUUGGUAUUACGAAGAGGACAAUGCAUCAUGCUCACCAGUCAGCGACCCUGAUGACAUUGCUCAGUUCCUCAAUUACAGAACAUCGAUCGGUGUGCAAAAUGUGACCGAAUCAGUCGAAGUGCCCACUUCUGAGCACGUCGCUGAAAUAGUGGGUCGUCAAGGAUGUAAAAUCAAAGCACUCCGAGCAAAGACAAAUACCUACAUCAAGACUCCAAUUCGCGGAGAGGAUCCGAUAUUCGUGGUCACUGGGCGAUUGGAAGAUGUCAGAGAAGCCAAGCGAGAAAUCGAAUGUGCUGCCGACCACUUCACACAGAUUCGUGCAUCCAGAAGACACAGCCAAGGAGCCCAUGCACCCGGACAGGUAACGAUUUACGUCAGAGUGCCGUUGCGAGUUGUCGGGCUUGUUGUUGGACCGAAGGGUGCGACAAUCAAAAGAAUUCAACAGGAUACACACACCUACAUCAUUACACCGAGCCGCGAAAAGGAACCCGUCUUUGAGGUCACUGGUCUACCGCACAAUGUGGAAGCUGCUCGAAAGGAGAUCGAAACACACAUAUUCCAACGAACUGGAAAUCUCCCAGAGACAGAACAGGAACUCAUGUCAUCGGGACAGCGUGGUGGUAUUUCAUUGAUGAUGCAGAAGCAGCUACAGGCACAACAACUUCAAGCUCAACAGCAACAACACUCACAACAGAUGAUGUAUCGGAAGUUCACAAACGGUAGUAAUCUCUUCAACCAGAUGAGUAAUGACCUGCCGUUCAGUAUGGAGAGUUCUCUGGGAUUGGAUGCAUUGCUCCGCAGUUUCCCAUCAAUGCGCAAUUCGCUCACGCCAGAUUCUCUGCAAGCAUUCGGACGAAAUGGAGCUCCUGUAGCCCAGAAGAUGCAGCGUCCAUCGUUGGGAGCGCAAAAACAAGAUGUUGGGACCUAUGACUACUGGAAUAACAACUCGAUUAAUGAUAUCAUGGAGAACGAGAUAUUGUCCCGAAAGUAUGACGUACUGUCCUCCUGGUCCAAUAUCGGCCUUGAAAAGGAGAAACGAGAAGAAUCACCGACAAAUGGGUUGAUGUCACUGAAAGGAAGCAGCACCUCAUCGGGAUUCGGAUUUCUGAACACCAUCUGGUCUGAUAACAUGAAUCUCAGUCCAGGUUCUCUUCCAUCUGCAUCUCCAUCAUCGUCGACAUGUGAUCACAAUGAUCACACUCUUGUGCCUAUCAGUGGAUAA